UAUUAUUGGCCAACCGCUCCUGAUGCCCUCCCGCGCCUUCCCUCCGGCUUUCUCCUCCCCUCAAACAAACCCGAAGAAUACAGAGAGAGGCAAGCAUUCAGCACCGUGGAUGAUAACAAUGCGCGUGGGGGGAGAAGGCGGGCGGGGGAUUUGAUCUGGAGUAACUCGCAGCAGCAGCAGCAGCGCCGUGGCUGCCGCCCAGGGAAGCUUGAUUGACGUAAACCUGCUAGAAGCGGCGCAUCGAACACAAGGCAGAGCAACAGCAGCAGAAGUCGCCGUCUGCUCGCACCAGAAGAACACAAAGGCAGCCGCGGCACGGCGGCUCAGCUGCUCCCAGCAGCCGCCGAGCUCCAUCUUCCCGGGCGCUGCUCUCUCUCGCUCUCCGGAGAGCUCAGCGAGGGCCACCGCCCGCCUUCCACGCCCUGUCUGCGGCCAGACGGCACCGGCAUCUGGGGAAGGGCGAGGGGCGGAGGGGGGCUAGGGAAGCGCGCCGAGCCACAUGGACCUGCCCUUGGCUGGUCUGCUGCUUUCUGACCGCCUCUGCCUUUCUGCUUCCCAUCAAAAGGAGUUGCUGUAGCUGAUGGAUGCCGGAAGGUGCCGCAUUGCCUUGUGUGUGUUUGCCUGCUUCGCUGGUAGGAAUUACUUGGCUGUUCCUUUCUCUCUCUGAAUGCCUCCCUUCUGGCGGAUGAUCGCGGGGGUUUUGGUUGGUUUGUGUAGGGUUUUUUUGCACAUCGAUUGAAUCCAUUCUGCCCUAAGAGUGGGAGAGCGAGCCAGGAGGAUUGCUCCCCUGGGAAGACCCGAGAGCCAACCGAGAGGACAGACGACAGUCUUGCUGCUGCUGGUACCAGAUGAGAUCACUGUGCAUGUAGGAGGGGGAUAGGGAGGGAGGGGGAAGCAUCCAUCCCAAUCUCGAUGGGCUAAAAAGGGGGAGCUGCAAGCAAGAACCUUCUUAGGAGGGGAAAAAACCUGACAGCAUACUAGCUGCAUGCCUCUUGAACCCUGGCGCACAUUUACUUUUCUGUACACCAGUGUCCUGUUGGAUUUAAAAAAAAAAAAAAUCCCCGAGGAAAGCUGUGAGCUGCCACCUGAUUUACUCUUUUCAUCCUAUUGCAGCGGCAGUAAGGGUGAGAUCACUGGUUUACAUGUGAGAGUGGGGUGGGGAUAUUAAAAAAAAAUCCCUACAGUAUCAAUAUCAUCCCUAAUCCAUUGGAAAGUCAGAGUACGUUUGGCCUUGCUCUCUGCCAUCAUGCCGCUUAACAGUACCUGCUGAUCAGGGCGUUUUAUUACCGAGCUGAAAUGCCUACUUAACCCAAAGGGCAACAUUGUGUGGGAGGGUGUGAACCACAUUGCUAGAGGGGCCUAUAAGAUUACUAACUCUGUCUACUUGGGGGCCUCCAAUGCCAUUAUACCUGUCAAUCAGCAGGCGACUGCAGCAGAGGUAUAGUAGUUGGGUGCAAUUAUAUGCUAGUUAUAGUUUUACUGCAGCUUCAAGCUGUUAAGGGAUACAGGAAGGGAGGAAUCUGUAGUGGGAAAGAAAAGCAAUUGCUUAGUGGGGUCACUGUGAACGAGCCAAAGUGAGACAGAAGGGCCAAACAGGUUACUGGAAUUGAGGGUUUACAAAUCGAACAGCAUCAGGUAUUUGUAUUGGAAAGAUUCAUACCACAAAGCAAAGGAGCGGAUUCUGGAAAGGGAAGGAUCUCUUUCAAAAAAGGAACAGUACACCACAGUCUGUGGCACUUUUUUGGGAUUGUGUCCCUUCUUACUUGAGAUAAGACUGGAGGGAGCAGCAUUGGACGGAGUGGCACAAUGACUCAUUUGCAGGCAGGUCUGUCCCCAGAGACCCUGGAGAAAGCCCGGCUGGAACUGAACGAGAACCCAGAUACACUGCAUCAGGACAUCCAAGAAGUACGGGAUAUGGUGAUCACCCGACCAGACAUUGGCUUCCUCCGCACAGAUGAUGCCUUCAUUCUCCGCUUUCUUCGGGCCAGAAAGUUCCAGCACUUUGAAGCAUUUCGCUUGUUGGCCCAGUACUUUGAGUAUCGACAGCAGAACCUUGAUAUGUUCAAGAGCUUCAAAGCCACUGACCCAGGCAUCAAGCAGGCACUCAAGGAUGGCUUCCCAGGAGGGCUGGCCAACCUUGACCAUUAUGGCAGGAAGAUUCUGGUCCUGUUUGCUGCCAACUGGGACCAAAGCAGAUACACACUGGUGGAUAUUUUGCGUGCCAUACUUCUUUCAUUAGAAGCCAUGAUUGAGGAUCCAGAACUUCAAGUAAAUGGAUUUGUUUUGAUUAUAGACUGGAGCAACUUCACAUUCAAGCAGGCUUCUAAGCUGACACCGAGUAUGCUUCGAUUAGCCAUAGAAGGCCUUCAGGACAGUUUUCCAGCUCGUUUUGGAGGGAUUCAUUUUGUCAAUCAACCGUGGUACAUCCAUGCCCUCUACACAGUUAUACGGCCCUUUUUAAAGGAAAAGACAAGAAAAAGGAUAUUUCUCCAUGGAAAUAACCUCAAUAGCCUGCACCAGUUGAUUCAUCCUGAGAUUCUGCCUUCUGAAUUUGGAGGAAUGCUGCCACCUUAUGAUAUGGGCACAUGGGCAAGAACGCUGCUAGACCAUGAAUAUGAUGAUGACAGUGAAUACAGUGUGGACUCCUACAACACUUCUGCCAAAGAAGUAGAAAAGGACCUCUCUCCCAAAUCGAUGAAGAGAUCUCAAUCAGUUGUGGAUCCUGGAGUCUUAAAACGCAUGGAUAAAAAUGAGGAAGAAAACAUGCAGCCUUUGCUUUCACUUGACUAACAAUGUCUGAGCAUCAAACAUGAAUUGGGGUGGAAGGUAUUGCCUUUCAGCAACAAGCAAACCAUUGGGAGAGAAUGUACCAGCUGGAAUCCUAUUUUUCAUGUUAAUGUAGCAUAAUGUAAUGAGGCAGCAGGUUUUGCCAGUCAUCCUGGAACAUGGGUGCCCUAGGCUGGAAAACAGGGUGGGUGGGUGGGGAAUGAAAAAGAAUAAAUGUCAAUAAUAUAUUCUGUAAGUGCCAACCUGUUUGUACAUAGUGUCUAUUCCUUCUCUCUGCAUUUGUAAGUAAUGGUAGGGCUGUAGUACAGGAAAACGAGUGAUUAUUAAAACAUGCCAGUUGAAUACACUGUAAAAGACCACUCAGACAAAAAAAAACAGACCUAAGUAUUUUGUUGUUUUAUACAAAGCCAUAUUACAGCUUUCAUAUGGACUGCUUUAUUUUCUUUCUGCAGUUUUCAUUUAACAAAGGAAUAUAGGAUUUGUAGGUGUUGUAACUGGUGUGAUAUUUCUUUUAAGAUUGUACUUCACAGGCAAUGCUGUGAUCCAUCCGUUAUACUAGGAUAUUAUUUGCAUUAUGGAAUGGAAAACAUGAAAUAGAAGCAGGGAGCAAAGUGCCAUUCUUUGCUUUAUGAAUUUGUGUCAUCUGAUUUUUAAUAUUUUCAUACAAUGUGUCUGGGUUUCAAGAAUGGUUAAGAGUCCUGAGCAUACUAUGGGCCCUCAACUUAGCAUCUGCCUCAUAUUGGGUCUACUUGUAAGAAUGUUUUGGAACUUUCCUCCUUGAGUGGAAAGGACUCUGUGAUGCUCAACACUCUAAUCAUAACACUCAGCAGCAACAGGUUGAAACGUAAUUUAUAAACCUUAUGAAACUGAAGUCUGACAACAUAUCUAUAUAUUUUUACCAGUCUCUACAUAUAAAGUGUCAUUGGUAGAUAAGUAUAUUUAAUCAAGGAUUUAUAAAAACAAAUCAUACCUAUUUGGUGUGCUUAGAGUUUAUUAUAGAUUGUAUAUUAAGACAAUGUCAUUGUUAAAAUAGUGAAAGAUUCAGUACCGCAUACUACUUUAAGCAAGACUUGAUUGCUAUAAGUAAGGUGUUGUGCAAGAUCGCAUCAAGGCUACCUUUUGUUUUGUGAUGUAAUUGUGUAGAUAAAACAUGUGCCAUAUUAGAAAGAAAAUGAAGUCGUUCACAUGAACUUUGAGAGUGCUGGGGACAGGGUGGAGGGGAAGGCAGGAUAGAACCUAUUCCCACGCCCACCCCCGAUGAUCUGCCGUGGCCUUGGGCUGUGUGGCUCAUGUGUCCACUCCAUCAGCGCUUUUGUGAGCCGCACGGCGUUCUGGGGGCCAGGAAAACGUGUCCCAGCCUCCAGAUAUCCCACAAUGCACUGCUGCAUGCAGCCUGAGCAUUCACAAGACCCCCGUACCUGUGCUUGCACCCUUUUAUCCAGGUAAAAGAUCGGGUAAAAUUCCUGGGCUACCUGGGAGGACAGUGCCAGGAUUGGCCUUGAUCCUGGUACUUCACAUGAGCAACUCUACCCAGGUAGGGCUGCUUGUGUGAACAGCCUCAAUACAUUUUUACCUCAAAAGACCAAGCAGUCCACAAUGGACUGAAUUUGGUCAGCUGUAGUUUAGGGGAUAUAUUUUCAACGUUGAUUUGUGCUGAUAUGCAUGUGUAAUUCCACUGUACAUCAAGAAAAGAAUGUGCCCUACAACUAGCCAGACCUCUUUCAUCAGAAUUUAAAGUUUCAUUUGAACAGGAGGGAUAAGAUCUCAAGCUCGCAGAAAAAACAAAACAGUACUACUAAACAUUUAAGAGCGCCAAAGAAAUGUUUUAAAAUUCAUGAGGGGAUUGGUAAACUGUCUAGGACUAUGCUGGGAAGUAUUAUGAUCCCAUAGAAAUACUUCAGAAACCUUCACUUCCACAGGAGUAGAAUGGUUGUUUUAAUCACCUCAGUAUCAUUCAGAUAUCAUUUCCUGAUGAUCUUUGAAAAAAGGAAUGACAUUGCAUUCUGACUGUACUGUCUCUGUGUAAUUUAGACACAUACCUUGUCCUUUAGACACUAUAAGCAUGCCCAGUACCAUUAAUUUUUGUUGUAGGCUGUUGUUAAAAUGAUGUAUGGCUAUAGUGCAUUCUGGACUAUUUUAUGUGCAGCUGAAUGCUCAGUUAAGAGAGUCUUAUUUUCCUGCAUUUUUCUUUACUUUGUUUACAUUUUGACAGCUGUGUUCUUCAUAGGCUAGAAUAAUGCUUGGUUACAUUAUUAAAACAUCUAGUAGCAUUGUAAACAAGCAUCUCAUGUGUUAAGCAGGAAUACCCUACACAGUUGGAUCAUUGCAAUCAAUGUAGCAGCCAGUGCGGGCACCACCAGGGGUGGGCAAGAGGCAUCUUUAAGUGUAAAUGAAUAG